UUUCUUCCGCGCUUCAACACCACAACCAACAUCACAGCAACUCAGCAACUCAGCAGCUCUCAUCAAGUCCACGCCGAUUCCUUGCCCUUGCACAAGGGAGCAAAACCUUCUUUGCGACCUGAUCCAUAGUUUGGUCCUUUGUGUGGGAUCCGUGCGCACUAUGACGAGAUAUGCCAAUCUUCUCAAGCCCUUGGACCUAGGGCACACACAGCUCAAGAACCGUGUGCUCAUGGGAUCCAUGCACACUGGCUUAGAGGAGCGGGGCGUCUUGGGCGGUGGGCUUUCCAAGCUUGCGGCGUUUUUCGCCGAGCGAGCCACGGGCGGAGCUGGCUUGAUGGUCACCGGAGGCAUCGCUCCUAACAGGGCCGGGACAGUCUACCCCAUGGCCGCCAAGCUGACCAACAGUCGUGGAGUCAGGGCGCACGCUGAGGUGACGGAGGCCGUGCACCAGAAUGACGGCAAGAUCUGCAUGCAGAUUUUGCACGCGGGGCGCUACGCCUACCACCCGUGGGCCGUGGCCCCCUCCGCUGAAAAGGCCCCAAUAAACCAGCACACGCCCGAGGCCUUGAGCAACAUCGACGUCUACCACACCGUGCGCGAUUUCAUUACAUGUGCAAUGCUGGCGAGGGAGGCUGGGUACGACGGCGUGGAAGUGAUGGGAUCGGAGGGAUACUUGAUCAACCAGUUCCUCGUGGAGCACACAAACAAGAGGCGAGACGAGUGGGGAGGAAGCUACGAGAACCGAAUGCGCUUUCCGGUGUCGGUGGUGGAGGGGAUCAGGGAGGCUUGCGGGGACGACUUCAUCAUCAUCUACCGGCUGUCCAUGCUCGACCUCAUCGAAAAGGGGUCUAGCUGGGAAGAGAUAGUUGAGCUAGCGAAGAACAUCGAGAAGGCCGGAGCGAGCAUCAUCAACACCGGCAUCGGGUGGCAUGAGGCAAGGGUACCUACCAUCGCCACGAGCGUGCCCAGAGCGGGUUUCUCGUGGGUAACCAAGAAGCUGAAGGGGCAGGUGUCGGUGCCACUGAUCACUACGAACAGGAUCAACAUGCCGGACACGGCGGAGAAGGUGCUGGCUGAGGGCCACGCAGACAUGGUUUCAAUGGCCAGACCUUUCUUGGCGGACCCGUUCUGGGUGAGGAAGGCGACCGAGGGUCGUGUGGACGAGAUCAACACCUGCAUCGGCUGCAACCAAGCGUGCCUGGAUCACACCUUCAAGGGAAAGCAAGCGUCGUGCUUGGUCAACCCUCGUGCGGGGUACGAGACGACCCUGAACCUGCUUCCCGUGAAUCGAGAGAAAGUGAAGAGGGUUGCCGUAGUGGGGUCGGGGCCGGCGGGGCUUGCUGCGGCAACCGGCUGCGCAGAGAGAGGGCACAACGUCACACUUUUCGAAGGCGCGAACCAACUGGGGGGUCAGUUCAACAUGGCGAAGCUAGUCCCCGGGAAGGAAGAGUUCUACGAGACUCUCAGAUACUUCAAGCGAAAGAUCGAUUUGACCGGCGUCGACAUCAGACUCAACAGCAAGGUCGAUGCCCCCUCCUUGCUGGCCUCCGAUCCGGGCUUCGAUGCUGUCAUCUUGGCGACUGGAGUGCUGCCAAGGAAGCUGAACUUUGAGGGGUCCGACCACCCGAAGGUGCUAAGCUACGUGGAUGUGUUGAGGCACAAGGCGGAGGUGGGUCGAAGGGUGGCGGUGAUCGGAGCCGGUGGGAUCGGGUUCGACGUCUCGGAGUACCUGCUAGGGGAGAAAGCGCUACAGACCCCCGCCGAAGAACGCCUCCAAGACGUACCAUCAUUCCUCAAGGAAUGGAAGAUCGACCGGCAUUUGUCCAACCGAGGGGGGCUCGCUGAUGGGACGAGCGGUGACAACUCUGGCCACAACGGCAGGGAAAUCUGGCUGUGUCAGAGGAAGAAGGCCCCUCUGGGCAAGGGUCUUGGGAAGACUACCGGGUGGAUACACCGCACGUCUCUAAAGAAGCGCGGAGUUCAUAUGCUGGGAAGCGUGUCUUACAACAAGGUGGAUGACGAGGGCCUCCACAUCAAGGUGGAUGGAGAGCCGAUGGUGCUGCCGGUGGACAACGUCAUUGUCUGCGCGGGCCAGGAGCCACUCAAAGAUCUCGAGGAUCCCCUCAAGGAAGCCGGCAUGCCGGUGUUCUUGAUAGGCGGGGCGGAAAAGGCGGCCGAGCUCGACGCCAAGCGAGCCAUCGACCAGGGCACGCGGCUGGCGGCUGUGGUGGAAGACGCCCACUCGGGAGACGUCUACAACGCACCGGAAUCCCUCAAAGCCAAGGUUCUGCAGGCAAUGACCCAGGGCUGAGUGAGUAAUAUGUAUUCCAUCUUUUCAAGGCAGGCGUAUGCUGAAGAUGCCGGGACCGUUGAACUUGGCGAAAUGAAAGGCUCUGCCAAUGCGGUGAAAUCUGCGUUCUUGAGCUCAAAGGCGCGUUGGAAGGACAGCGUUAUGACGAAGGUCUUCACGCUACGAUUUCCAUGUAUCACGGGCGUUUCCUGCUUACAUAGAGACCCUCUCGGCGGGAGCGGGGGGGGGGG